AUGGAAAGACGAUUCACCAAUCUUUGUGUAGAUUUCCUAAGCAGUGCUCGACUGCUGAUAGCAUGGUCGGAAGACAUACCACAAGGAGUCAUUGGUGUGGUGCUGGUGCUGAGAUACGCAGGGCCUAACGGCAUUGGAUUUGCAGGCAUCUCUGCAAUUAUCAGCACUAUAAAAGGAGUUCUGAUUCCCAUUUUGCAGCAUUUGGUCUUGGAAUACCGCAAAUCGCAGGUUGCCAGAGGCUUGGAUGACAUCCUGGGCACUCAGCAGAAGGCAUUUUUGGAGAAGUUUUUGGCAAACUCUCCGGUGAGCCAUGAGAGAGUACGGAUUCAGGUUGAAGAGCCAUUGCGGACGGAGUCCGGCAACUUAUUGAAGAGGCUGAAUGUCGACCUUAUUGAAACCAUGCAAGAGAUGAGGCACAAGUGGCUGGCAGAUGCUCGUGAGAAGAUCAGAUGCAAAGUUGUGGCCGGCUUUUUGAAUAAAGGUGUCUCUACAACAGAGCUGUUUGAUUUGGGACAUAUGACGGGAAAUUGCAAAAAUGCCGGCUUCUCAGCAAGGCAAUGCAAGGAGGUGGCUACUUUCUCGGCGCAAAAAUGUAAAGAGGCAGGCUUCUCCCCAAGUGAUUGCAAAGAGGCGGGCUUCUCGUACAGCGAAUGCAAGGAUGCAGACUUCUCAAUCCAAGAGUGCAUUGAGGCUGGGUUCACCCCUAUGCAGUGCAAGGAGGCAGGCUUUGUGGCCAAGCAGUGUAAGGAGGAAACGGUUUGCCAAGAGGCCGGCUACACUGCGGAAGAGUGGAAUCGGGAACCUACUGCCCGAGAUUACAAAGAUGCAGGGUUUUCUGCUGAAGUGUGCAAGAGAGAGUACUUCACAGCCAAACAAUGCAAGGAGGUCGGUUUUUCUAUGUAUGAGAUUGGAGAGGAAUUUGAAGCACAGCAGCUGAGAAAAGCUGGUUUCUUUGCCAAGGACUUCAAAGACGCUGGUGCCAAUGCCACUUGGCUGAGGAUUAGCGCCUUCUCCGCGAAGGAGUGCAAAGAGGCCGGCUGCUCGGCUACGGAGUGCUGGGAGGCGGGAUUUAGUCCAGAUGACUUCAAGGAAGCAGGAUUCUCAGCGAUGCAGUGCAAGAUUGUCGGCUUUGACGUUGAAGAGUGCCAACAGGCAGGCUACUCUAUGGAGGAGUUGACCCGUGAACCAACUACAAAAGAUUUCAAAGAUGCAGGCAUGCCUGCCAAAGAGUGCAGGGUAGCCGGUUUCUCUCCGCAACAAUGCAAGGAGGCCGGGUACUCAGCCAAGGAGUGCAAGGAAGCUGGCUUUUCAGCGAGAGAGUUCAAGCAUGCAGGCUUUUCAGCUGUUCAGUGCAAGAUCGUUGGCUUUGCUGCCAGCAUUUGCCAAGAUGCAGGCUACUCUCUGGAGGAUGUA